CCACUUACAGAUGUCCUGCGCAACAAAACAAAGAAGAGACAGGCUAUAACCUUAGGCGACGAAGAGCUGGCCUCUUUCAAUAAACUAAAGGAUAUUCUAGCUAAGGCCACGAUGCACCACUCAGUUUGCUAGUUGACUUGUCCGUGUCCGGAGUCGAUGGUGUCCUUCAACAGUUUGUUGAUGGCAUUUGGCAACCAUUGUCAUAUUUCUCCAAGUGACUUCAACCUGCGGAGAUGAAAUAUAGUACUUUUGGACAUGAGCUACUGGCUGCGUAUCCGUCCAUAAAACACUUCCGCCAUAUGUGAGAAAGAUCCAUUUUCAGCAUCUACACAGACAAUAAACCGCUAGUAUAUGCAUUCAGGAAGAAACCUGACUGCCAUUCUCCCAGAAAAGUCUGUCACCUCGACUUCAUCGCCCAAUAUUCCACAGAUAUCCAGCGUAUCAAAGGCUCCGACAACACAGCAGUAGACGUGCUUUCAUGUGACCUUCUUAACCCUCUGCAUGCUCUGGAGACUAUCGAUCUUCAGCUGAUCGUGGCAGACCAGCAAAUAUGACAAAGAGCUUAAUAAGUUGCGGAAUUCGUCGUCCCUCAAGUUCCAACUGGUCCCAUUAUCUUCUACCUGUCACAUAUGGUGCAAUACCUCCACUGGCCACGAACGCCCUUGCAUCCCCAAACAACACCGACGACAUAUUUUCACUGCCCUUCACUGUCUAUCACACCCUGGCAUUCGUUCCACACAGAAGAUGAUAACAACUCGCUUUGUGUGGACAAGCAUUAGCAAGGACAUCCGCGCUUGGGUUUAGAGUUGUGCUGCCUGCCAAAAGGUGAAAAUACAACAUGUAAAAUCGCUUCUCGGCACUUUCACAACACUGGAUGCACGUUUUCAACACAUCCACAUAGAUAUAGUCGGACCUCUACCACUGUCUCACAAACAUAAGCAUCUGUUGACCUGCAUCGACUGCUUUUCUCGAUGGCCUGAGGUUUUCCCUCUGUCUGACACUUCAGCAGAAACCGUUGCUAAAGUGCUGAUAUCAAACUGGGUAUCACGUUUUGGUGUCCCCGCAACCAUCACAACAAACAGAGGACGGCAAUUCGAUUCACACCUUUUCAAUGAACUCACAUGCCUGAUCGGUUCCAAACACUGCCGCACAACAGCGUAUCAUCCAGCGGCAAACGGCAUGAUAGAGAGAUUCCACAGGCAACUGAAAUCAGCCAUACGUGCAUGUCCAGACAUAACCAACUGGAUGGAAUUCCUUCCUCUUAUUCUGCUCGGUAUCCGUAUAUUUGCUAAGGGCGACAUGGGUCACUCACCAGCUGAGUUAGUUUACAGCACCCCACUGGCCCUGCCUGGGCGAAUGAUCACUCCAGUUCCUCCAAGGGAUAUUCCUGGUCCCGCAUUUUAUAUACAUCGUCUCCACGCACAUAUGUCCCAUCUCUCACCUAACGCACUCCAUUUGCAGAAAACUGACACAUAUAUUCCCUUGGACAUUAACCAAUGGAUGUACGUUUUUAUCCAGAAUGAUGGAAUACCAUCACAAAUCUGUCCACCGUAUUCUGGACCCUACAGAGUGCUACAGAGAAGGGAGAAAUACUUCGUCGUCAACAUGAAUGGCAAGCCAAAUACUAUUAGUAAUGAUCGACUUAAGAAAUCUAUCAUCGAACCCGAUUCCUCCUCAUCAUCGUUGACUCCACACCAAACAGACACGGUCUCGUCAACACCUCCUGCAUGUACCUCAACGUCUUCACUGCAAACUCGAACAAGAAGUGGGCGAAGAGUCCGCUGGCCGGCGAAAUACAUACAAGUUUUCUAUUUCAAAAAGAUUCCAGGGCUUCAAGAUUUCACUAUGACCCUGGCAGGAUGGCUAACAGGUGCUAUGCCUUGCCAAAUGGCAACAUGUGGUUUUGUCUGCGACUGUUUAUUGUGUAUAUGCAGUUAACCUUUAUAUUUGUCGACCAUUCCUCUACCCGCACACUGGGAACCCAAUGGAUGGGAGUUUUCAUCACUGCACCAAGCUCGACAAGACGAUGAUGAUGAUGAAGUUAUAAUAAUGAAGCCACACCAAAGAAUAAUAUUCUGAAAGCAUU